AACUCACUUUAUAUGAUCAAACCACUCCCCCUUAUAUACCAAAUUAGUAUAUAAACUAUCGAUAAACGCUACAAUUUCAUUCAUCUGAUUAUUCCGGAAUGGCCUUAGUAGCUGAAGCCCCUGGUUACAUUCAAGUAUUUUCUGAUGGAUCUGUAAAGCGCUUUGCACCAGAUAUCAUCGCUCCUUCGGUUAACCCCACACAUGGAUUUAUGUCCAAAGAUGUGGUGAUUGAUUCUUCCAAACCCAUAACAGGAAGAGUGUUUGUACCGGAAAACAUAUCAUCAAAGAAUGCAGUACCUGUUCUUGUUUACUUCCAUGGCGGUGGCUUCAGCAUUGGCUCUACUACGUGGAGCGGAUACCAUUAUUUUCUAGGAGGCUUAUCUGUAACGUGCAAAUGCGUUAUCCUUUCAGUGGACUACCGUCUGGCUCCUGAGUAUAAGCUUCCAAUUGCAUAUGAAGAUUGCUACAGCUCUCUGGCUUGGCUUUGUAAUGCAGUGAGCCAUGAACCAUGGCUUCAAAAAGCAGACCUCUCCCGUGUAUUUCUUUCUGGAGAUAGUGCUGGAGGGAACAUUGCUCAUCAUGUCGCGGUUAAAGCAAUUAGAGACAAAGCUUGUCCAAUUAGGGUCAAAGGUAUACUUCCGGUUCAUCCUUAUUUUGGAAGUGAAAAGAGGACUAAAUUAGAGCAAGAAACUGGCGACGUUGGGGAAGUGGCGAUGAAUGACUUCUUCUGGGGUUUAAGUCUGCCAGAAGGAUCAAACCGGGAUUUCUAUGGUUGUAACUUUGAAAAUGGUGACCUUUCUAAGGACGAGUGGGCUCGUUUUCCAGCAGUGGUGGUGUAUGUAGGUGGAUUGGACUUCCUCAAGGAAAGAGGGGUUAUGUAUGUGGAGUUUCUUCAGAAGAGGAUCAAGGGGGUUAAGCUGGUCGAAGCUGAGGAAGAUACACAUGUAUAUCAUAUCUUUUACCCAGACUCGGAUGCUUCUCAUUUGCUUCAGGGCCUGAUGAGUGAGUUUAUAAAUAGCUUUUGAUUUGACUCCCCUAUGGCUAUCUAUCUCCGGAACUUAUCACAGCUGCAAGCAUAUUUGCAGAAUGUAAACCUAAAUAGGUUGAAAUAUUUUGAAUGUUUUCCCCAUUGUCUGCUGCUUAGUUUUCAUUUUAUAGAAAGAAACUUCAUGCGCGCAUCAAA